AUGGGACGUCCAGUAAUUUUACCGACUAACCUCACUGCCGACGUCAAGAAAUUGGUGGACGAAGGCUGGACGAAAAACGCGUUCAACCAAUACGUCAGUGAUCUCAUAUCAGUGCACAGAAAGUUACCAGAUCUUCGAGAUGAAUGGUGCAAAAAACCUGGAAGGUAUUUAGACAACUUGCCUCAAACUUCAGUUAUCGUGUGUUUCCACAACGAAGCGUGGUCCGUUUUAUUGCGUACAGUUCACUCUGUUUUGGACAGAUCACCGGAGCACUUAAUCAGAGAAAUCAUUCUAGUUGACGACUUUUCCGAUAUGC